GCUUUGCUUUUUUGUUAUCAGUCAGGAAUGUGCCACCUUGUUUAAAUCUCUAAUAAACUAACAAUGGGUAAAGAUUAUUAUUCUGUGCUGGAACUCAACCGAGAUGCAACGGACGCCGACAUUAAAAAGUCGUAUCGUCGACUGGCGUUGAAAUAUCAUCCUGAUAAUAACAGCCAGCCAGGUGCAUAUGAGACAUUUAACCAGCUUGCUGAAGCUUAUGAUGUCCUCAGCGACCCUCGGAAAAAGGCCACUUAUGAUAAGUUUGGAGAAGAAGGCCUGAAAGGUGGAAUCCCACAGGAAUCAGCGGCUAGUGGAGCCUGGUCAUCAGGGUAUGUUUACCAUGGAAAUCCUGAGAAAAUAUUCAGACAGUUUUUUGGAGGGAACAAUCCUUUUGCUGAUUUUUAUACUUCAGACAACAAUGAAGUGGACAUUGGUUUUGGAGGCCUUCGUGGACGAGGGGUAAAAAAGCAGGAUCCACCCAUCGAGCGUGACCUGCAUUUAGCCCUAGAGGACCUUUUUUAUGGAUGCACGAAAAAGAUGAAGAUAUCCCGACGUAUCAUGAAUGAAGAUGGUCACACAUCCAGCAUCAAAGACAAGAUUUUAACCAUUACUGUGAAACCAGGUUGGAAUGAUGGAACACGGAUUACAUUCGCCAAAGAGGGAGAUCAGGGCCCAAACAGCAUCCCAGCAGACAUUAUUUUCAUUGUUCGCCAGAAGCCCCAUCCCCACUUUACCCGUCGAAAUGAUGACUUGAUUUACACUGAAAAUAUCUCACUUGAGAAGGCGCUGACUGGGUUUUCAGUGGAUGUAGAGACACUAGAAGGCAGACUUCUCAGCAUUCCCAUUAAUGAUAUUGUACAUCCACAGUACAGCAAGGUGGUGACUGGUGAGGGAAUGCCUUUAUCCAGCAACCCAUCUGCUAAAGGGGAUCUCAUAAUCCAAUUUAAUACCCACUACCCCGAGAAACUCUCUCCAGAGAGAAGGCAGUUCAUCAAGCAAGCACUCAACAUGUGAUUCCACACUAACCUUCAGAAAAUGCAUGAUGCAUGAUUUCAUUAUUAAAUGUUCCAUUCUA